AUGGCAGCGGUUACCGAUACUUUGGGCUCACGACUCGAACUUGAGCGGCGUAUUGUGGUUCAUAUAGAUAUGGACUGCUUCUACGCUCAGGUCGAACGGAAACGCCUCGAUUUAGCUGAGGACGUCCCGCUUUGUGUCGUCCAGUGGAACAGCAUUCUUGCUGUGAGCUACGCAGCUCGAGCAGCAGGGAUCAAGCGAGGUGCAACACCGCAGGAGGCCAAAUCCAAGUGCCCCGAGUGUGUGCUUGUACACGUAGAAACCGUUGAUGCUGCCGGAAGGAAACCACAAGUCUCUGAACUUGACCUGUCUGAGGAAGCCUCUAUAGUGCGAGCCGCGAACACCGUCUGCUUAGAUCGAUAUCGGUUGGAGUCCGAGAAGAUUUUUGGGAUUCUCUCCCGCUUUAGUGACGCCGUUGAGCGCUGCUCAAUUGACGAAGCUUUCAUAGAGCUUACGGACGUGGUCGAUGAUUUCGACGAGGCAGUCCGUUUGGUACAGCGCAUGCGAGACGCUAUCCUUGAUGAGCUUAGAUACACCUGCAGCGCUGGGGUUGCCUGCAACAAAAUGCUCGCUAAGUUCGCUAGCUCUACGAACAAACCGAACAAACUGACCGCCAUACCUUGGAGCGAGACGAACUCCAUUCUCGCCAGGAUUCCGCUUUCACGGGUUCGCGGGCUUGGUGGCAAAUUCGGAGCUGAGCUGCAGCGGAACUUUAAGGCCGAAACGCUCGCUGACUUGUCGCAGCUGUCGAUGGCAGCGCUGCAGGCCGCAUACGAGCCCUGCACAGCGGAAUGGCUCUUCUGGCUGGCUCGGGGUUAUGAUCCCAGUCGAGUGGAGCCACGUGAUCGUCCGCGGAGUCUGCUAGCGGCGAAAUCCUUUGCCCCGGUAGAUACCUGGCAGGAUGCGCGCCGCAUCCUCUUCCUGCUGGCAACUCGCCUAGAGCAGCGUAUUGAACGCGAUACCAGUAUGCAUCAUCGUCGACCGAGAACAUUGUGCGUAUCUUUUACUUCUGCGCAAGCGGGACUCCAAGGUCAACGGCAUCAUCAUGCAAGUCGUUCUGGGCCAUUUCCAACCUGCGCGAAAGAGGACGCAGCCGCAAGCAUUGCAGAAGGUGCUGAGAAGCUGCUGCGGUCGAUACGGUCUGGUUUUCGAUUCCCAUGCAAGCGCUUUAUGCUGGAAGCGACGAACUUUCAACCCAUCGCAAGCGGCGCCUAUUCCAUACGUUCUUACAUGGGCAAACCGGGUAAGCGCGCGCUCAAAGCUGACGUGCCCUCGGGCGGCAUCGCAGAAUGCGAGCGCGAGCAGAACCCCAUAUCUGGGUACGCACCGGCAGCGAGAAAUGAAUGCAGUUUCGCGGGUGCCACGCCGACACCCGAGCGCGAGCACCAAGGCAUCGCAAAUGCGAAACUAGUUCUUCGGGCUGGCAGUAGCGUUAGCGGUAACGAGGCGCUCGUGAGUCACUGGAAGCGUCACUGCGGAGGUGCGACCAGACGCAUUCAUGACGGCUGUAUUACUUGCUACUUUUCGCAGCCGAAGCGCUCUGAAACUCGUUGA